AUGAUGUGGCAAUGCCAUCUGUCUUCCUCUGAGUGCCGCUGCUACCGCCUUAAUAGUUUUUCCCUUUUCAAGCGUCUGCCGAUUCCUCUCUCGUCAGGUUCGCGGACGCUGGAGCAGAGCGUCGGGGAAUGGUUGGAGUCGAUUGGGCUGCAGCAGUAUGAGAGCAAGUUGCUACUGAAUGGCUUUGACGAUGUCCGCUUCCUGGGGUCUAACGUGAUGGAAGAGCAGGACCUGCGGGACAUUGGCAUCAGUGAUCCCCAGCAUCGACGGAAGUUGCUCCAGGCUGCACGGUCCCUGCCCAAGGUAAAGGCGCUGGGCUAUGAUGGGAACAGCCCCCCAUCCAUGCCCUCCUGGCUGGACUCCUUGGGGCUGCAGGACUACGUCCAUUCUUUCCUGUCCAGCGGCUAUAGCUCACUGGACACUGUGAAGAACCUCUGGGAGCUGGAGCUUGUCAACGUCCUAAAGGUCCACCUACUGGGUCAUCGAAAGCGGAUCAUCGCCUCCCUGGCAGACAGGCCCUAUGAGGAGCCCCCUCAGAAGCCCCCAAGGUUUUCCCAGCUGAGAGUGAGUUGGGGACACCACGAGGCCAAGCUGACCCUCCGCCCGCCAAGCCUGGCUGCCCCCUACGCUCCUGUGCAAAGCUGGCAGCACCAGCCAGAGAAACUCAUCUUCGAGUCCUGUGGAUAUGAAGCCAAUUACCUGGGUUCCAUGCUGAUCAAAGAUCUGCGAGGGACAGAAUCCACACAAGAUGCCUGUGCCAAGAUGCGAGUAGGUUGUCAGAAAUCCACUGAGCACAUGAAGAAGACCCCCACCAUCAUCCUGUCCAUCACAUACAAAGGGGUCAAGUUCAUCGAUGCCUCUAACAAGAAUGUCAUCGCGGAGCAUGAGAUCCGAAACAUUUCCUGUGCGGCCCAGGACCCAGAGGACCUCUGCACCUUUGCCUACAUCACCAAGGACCUGCAGACCAGUCACCACUAUUGCCAUGUGUUCAGCACAGUGGAUGUGAAUCUGACGUAUGAGAUCAUCCUGACACUGGGACAAGCAUUUGAGGUGGCCUAUCAGCUGGCCUUGCAAGCCCAGAAGUCCAGGCCGAUGGGGGCCUCUGCAGCUGAGAUGAUUGAAACGAAAUCUUCCAAGCCGGUGCCUAAGCCUCGGAUCGGCAUGAGGAAGUCAGCACUGGAGCCACCUGAUGUGGAUCAAGAUGCCCAAUCUCAUGCCAGUGUCUCCUGGGUGGUGGACCCCAAACCAGACUCUAAGCGGAGCCUCAGCACCAAGUAUGAGACCACUAUCUUCUAA